ACAGGAAGUUGUUCCGGCCGGAGGGGUUUCCACGAACUCCCUGGAGGGACCGGUGACUGAACCAGCGGUACUGACUGGUGGGUCCGAACGGGGGCCGAGUCUCGUCUCAACUGCCGAACACAUCUGCUCACUAACCAGCUGCAGGCCUAGGUCCUAGAAGAUGGCGGACAUGCCCAGUGGCGAGUCCUGCGCCUCUCCACUGGAGCUGUUCAACAGCAUAGCUGCUCAAGGGGAGCUCGUGAGGUCCCUCAAGGCUGGAAAUGCACCAAAAGAUGAGAUUGAUUCUGCAGUAAAGAUGUUGUUAUCAUUAAAAAUGAGCUAUAAAGCCGCCAUGGGGGAGGAUUACAAGGCUGGAUGCCCUCCAGGGAACCCAACAGCUGGGAGUAAUAGUAAUCCAAAUGCCGCAAAAGCCAACGAGGAUUUUGUGGACCCAUGGACAGUACGGACAAGCAGCGCGAAAGGCAUCGACUAUGACAAGCUCAUUGUUCAGUUUGGAAGCAGCAAAAUUGACAAAGAGCUGAUAAACCGAAUAGAGAAAGCCACUGGCCAGAGACCACACCGUUUCCUGCGCAGAGGCAUCUUCUUCUCCCACAGAGAUAUGAAUCAAGUUCUUGAUGCCUAUGAAAAUAAGAAGCCAUUUUAUCUGUACACAGGCAGGGGCCCCUCCUCUGAAGCAAUGCAUCUGGGUCAUCUCGUCCCAUUUAUUUUCACAAAGUGGCUGCAGGAUGUGUUCAACGUGCCUUUGGUCAUCCAGAUGUCUGAUGAUGAGAAGUACCUGUGGAAGGACCUGACUCUAGAACAGGCAUACAGCUACACAGUGGAAAAUGCCAAGGACAUCAUUGCCUGUGGUUUUGACAUCAACAAAACUUUCAUCUUCUCUGACCUUGAGUUUAUGGGGCAGAGCCCAGGCUUCUACAAGAAUGUGGUGAAGAUUCAGAAGCAUGUCACCUUCAACCAAGUGAAAGGCAUUUUCGGCUUCACUGACAGUGACUGCAUUGGGAAGAUCAGUUUUCCUGCUGUCCAGGCGGCACCAUCGUUCAGCAACUCUUUCCCGAAGAUCUUCCGGGACAGGAGGGACAUCCAGUGCCUCAUCCCGUGCGCCAUUGACCAGGACCCUUACUUCAGAAUGACGAGGGAUGUGGCCCCCAGGAUCGGCCACCCUAAACCUGCCCUGCUGCACUCGACCUUCUUCCCUGCCCUGCAGGGAGCCCAGACCAAGAUGAGCGCCAGUGACCCCAACUCGUCCAUCUUCCUCACUGACACAGCCAAGCAGAUCAAGAGCAAGGUGAACAAGCAUGCGUUUUCUGGUGGAAGAGACACGGUGGAGGAGCACAGGCAGUUUGGGGGCAACUGUGAAGUGGAUGUGUCCUUCAUGUACCUGACCUUCUUCCUGGAAGACGACGACAGGCUGGAGCAGAUCAGACAGGAUUACACCAGCGGAGCCAUGCUCACUGGGGAGCUCAAGAAGACACUCAUCGAUGUCCUUCAGCCCCUGAUCGCCGAGCACCAGGCCCGACGCAAGGCCGUCACCGAAGAAACGGUGAAGGAGUUCAUGACUCCGCGGCAGCUGUCUUUCCACUUUCAGUAAUGCUUUUCUGUGUGCACAGACCCCGCCCAUCAGUAAUCCUGUCAAUCACUAGCCCCAUCAGUAAUCCCUAUCAAUGACCCCAGCCCACCAAUCACGCCACACUCCCCUAGGCUUCUUCACUCGUUAAUUCCUGGACCUGGGUCUCUACGCCCUUGUGCAUUCUGGAUGCUGUUUCUUCUGUGAUGUCUGUCCGCCUGGAGUCUGCUGAUGAUCAGGUGCUGCUAAUGUUGUGUGGUCACAUAGAAACCCAGCCGAGAGUCUCCCACAAAGAGCCCACAGAGGACUGUCCGUCCAGCAGCCUAGGGUUCCAGAAAAAAUUCCCAGAAUCUCUUAGUUUUUUUUUGUUUUUUUUUUAAGUGUGUAUGCUACACACGGUAGUACACACCUUAUAAUCUCUGUAUUCAGUAGGCAAAGGCACAAGUUCUGUGCCAGCCUGGGCUACCCAGCAAGAGCCCGACAUAAUUUGUGUUUCAUUCCAAGUCUAUGGAGUCAGAAUGUCAUUAUUGUAAAACUAAAAACUGCUGUGAAAAACUGAUGACGAGACAUUAGUGGGCAAAGAUGCUGUGCUUGAGCCCAUACCAACUCUAUAUAUACAUAUGUAUACAUAUAUGUUUACACGUAAUAUAUAUAUAAACUUUGCUUUAUAGUCACUAGGGAGUACUCAGCUUCGUCCUGUAGGUGUAGCUCAGUAGUAGAGGACUUGCCUAGAGUGCAUGAUGCCGUGGGUUCAGUCUUUAACACCACAAGGUGGUGGGGAGGUUGUCAUUCAGCUCUAAAAGCUGCCUUUAACACUGACUAUGGACCCCAGGCUGGACCAUGUCUAUUAGCCUGAGUCUUGUGGCUGAAACUUGAGGCUGAGGUUACUAAACUCCAGAUCACACGUGUUGUCCACUCCAGAAUCAUGCUUGUUGCCCUUACUGUACUAACUUUUCCACAAAUGGCCCAGUGAUGGCUUCUCCUGACGUCACACCCUAAGGACAGUCUGUUGCCUUUGCAGAUGCUUUUGUUUUGACACUUGACUGAAGUGGAGGGCAGCACAGAGCAGUGCGCUGGCCGCUCCAGGCCGGUGGACCAUAGCUAGACAGGAAAGAACAUCAGCUGCCCAGGCCUUGGCGUUCUCCCUCUGAGCCGACCAUGUGUAAUGAGCCACCACUCAGAGUCUUGUCAAAGCAGAAGCCGUAUCUCAGGGAAAGCCCCUGGGUGAGGUGUCUGCCCUCCCUGAAGGCACAAAGGCCGCUCUCGAGUGUGUCCUUGCAUCACUUUCAGGCAAAAAUAAACUUUGUUGUGCCCCUGC